AUGGAACAAGAUGAAGAUCAGCCUGUUGACGUCCGGAAUGCUUCGCCAGUGGAAGAAGAAAUCAAAAGAGCAGAAAAUGAUGACCAGUCAACGCAUCCAGCGGAAGAGUACGAAUCAAAGCGGAUUCCGGUACAGAAAUUCCCCGGAAAGGCUCUAAAGAGACUGGAAAAAACCGCACAAAUCAAAGAAGACCAUUGUGCGAAGAAAUUGAAGAGAAAGACCAAAGACUCGAAGGGUCCGGUGACUGUGACAGUUCUCGUUAACGAAAAACCAUGCGUUUUACCGAAAAUAGACCUGAUUCCUAGACACUGUUUAUCCAAAAAAGAAUGGAUAGACCUGUUGGCCACUCCAAGUCGAAAAUGUCCACCCCCUUGCAGGAAGAAAGAAGUUGAGCGGAAAUUGCGACCCGUUUCUCUUCGGAUAAACGAGCUGGCACUGCCCACGAGGCAGAGAAUGAUGACGACCCUUCAGGAUCGAGGGAACGUUCUUCCGGCUGAACUGGUGGACAGAUUGAUAAACAUUUUGGAGGGAGAAACGUGCUUAACACCUGAGCAGGCAGAGCGAUUAUUCCGCAAUGACUCCCAGAAUGCUAAAAGAACCUGCAAAAUUCGAAAAUCGAAAUGCAAAACCUCAGCUCAAGCCCCUAAAAAAUCAGAAGUUUCGCACAGCCCAUGUAAUAAAGAUGCAGUAGGCUGUCAAUACUUGAUGGCAGAAGCCUUCGUGAAGAGCCUCUUGCAGUGGAAAUGCACCCUUCCCAAGGCGGAGUUUAAGGACAUUGCGGAUAUAAUAAUAAAAAGAUUAUCCACCACCUUAGAGUACACUCCAGUCGACAACGCAGAUCGCACGACCCAACAGAUGAAGUUCCUAGCAGAUAUCAUCGCAGCAUGGAUUGCCGGCAUCCUAUUCGAAGUUGCAGAAUCUCACAAAGAAGAUCUCGAAAAAGAAUGCGAGGAGCGGAAAAAAAUGAAGGAAGAAGAAGAAACUGAAGACGAUACUGAAGAAUCUGAAGAACAAGAAUUCAUUCCUCAAAAAAUUGAAGAUUCUAAAUCAUUGAAGGCUGUUGAAACUACAGAAUUGAAAGAAGACACAGAAAAAGAGGAUGAAAAAUCGGAAGAUGGAGAAGAUGGAGACAAAACUCCAAAGGAUGAUAAUAAAGAUAACGAUGGUAAUGGUGGUGCCGGUGGAGUUUCUGAACCUACGGAACCCUCAGAAGAUUAUCCUGAACCUCCAGCAGAUCAAGGAAGACCCACACAAGAAGAAACUGAACUCUCACCGGAUGAAGAAUCACAAGAAGAAACUAAGCCCUCGCCAGAUGAAGCCCCGCAGGAUAAUCUUGACUCCUUAUUAAAUAGAUCACAGACAGAUCUAGAUAUUGAAUCCUCUGAAGGUGAUGGAAAAUUCCCUCCACUUAGUGAAGAACCACCUAUUGGUAAAAUUCCAUUAACUACAUACAAGGAAGAAGAUGAUAAAUCAGUAAUCUCCACUGCAGUACCAUCUGCACUCCCUCCUGAAAUUCCAGAAGAAAGUCCAGACAAAUUAACAGCGUCAAUACCAGCGAAAGAAUCAGAAGACAAGAAGACCAACCAAGAAGAUGAUACAUCAGUAAUUCCCAUUGCAGUACCAUCUGCACUACCUCCGAAAAUUCCAGAAGAAAGUCCGGACAAAUCAACAGCGUCAAUACCAGUAAAAGAAUCAGCAAUAGGGAAAGAAAUCGAUGGAAAAGAGUCGCAAAUCGGAACAUUACCAGACGCAUCAAAUGAUGCACCUCUUGCAACUCCAGAAAGCAUUCCAGCCAUUCCGGGAGAUGUUGGAGAUACUCCGUUCACCGUAGAAGUCUCGGCAAAAGAUUCCAUAAUUCCCGCAAUGCCUCAAGCUACACCUUCAGAACAAUUAAUGAAUUUGAAACCAUCAGAUACAUUAGACAAAAACAUCUCCACCAUCGAAGCUGCAAAAUUAGAAGUGGAAUCAUCAACAGAACAGAUUUCCGUGACUCCAAUACCAAUAGAACAACCAGAAGACGUUUUAAAGGAAGACGCUUCAUUGAAGAACUUAGGAUCGGAUAUAACGGCGAAAGAGCUCUCGACAGCAAAAAUUCCAUCAUCAAAAUACCCCUCAUCUUUACCAUUCCAAAGACCUCAAAGAAAAGCUCCAGAAACAGAGGAAAAAGACUCUGACUUCAUUGAAGGGAAUCUACGGAAGAUGCUGCAGACUGAUGUUCCCUUCCUAGACCUCAUCAAGAUUUUCGAUAGAAUUGAAAAUGCAGUGUCUAAAGAGAAAGAAAAUCAGGGAGAGGAUUUAAUGACUGACCGGAUUCAUCGAGCUAUCUACGAAAAAUUCGAACGAUUAGUAAAGGCAGAAACUCCGGAGAGAUGGACAGCACACCUACAAGAUGUUCUUGAUGUUUUAUCCGGAAAAAUCGCUCAAUGGGUCAGAAAUAUCCUAACUGAUUCUGAAAUUCUCUUCUUGAAUGAGAAUCCUCCAAUGGUUGAAUCUGGAGAGUUGAGAAACUUCGGAAAGUGGAUAGGAGAGAUGUCAGAACGAGCUAACGGUUGGACUGUUUGGAUGCAGAAUAUGAUCAAUGAGUUGAUGAAGAUGCAGCCGAAUCAGGUAACGAGGAUUGACUGGCAAAACUGGACUAGAAAUUUUGCGGAAGAUGCCCUCAAGUGGAGACGGUAUUAUCUGGAGUCUGUUCAUUACGUUCAUCAUAAUCGAACGAUGCUUUCUGGUCGAGAAGUCGUUAAGACUGGAGAAAUGAAGUAUCCAGAAUGGUCAAUUCAGGAAAGAGAAAUCGAGACUCUUGAUUUGUUGCAGGAGUAACUUCUAGGUAACAGGGAAUUCAACUGGUAUUGGUGGGCUGGAGAAAGUAACGGGGAAUUUGAGAUGUGAUGUGUUAAUGAUUUUUUGGCACAAGUUUGAUUUUAUUUGCAAGUUCCAGAUUUUCGAGUUAUAAUUAAUCAGUAAAGUGCUGGCGAACAGGAAAUGAGCCAAUCUUAUUUCAUUUUAAAAUCAGUUUUUCGAUAAUGUCUCGUCAUUAUCGGGAGGGAAUGUAAUUUUUGUCGAUUUUUUGGACAUAGUUUUGAUACUGCUCAAUUAAGUACGUCCUCAAGAAGUUUUCGUAUUUUUUUUCGAAAUACAGAUAAUAUUUAUUAAAAAUACAUGAAAAAUGUACGG